UCCCCCUCCUAUUUUUCCAUCUCCACCUUUUUUCCUUCUUCCUCUUCAUCUCCAUACAAACCUCUUUCAUUGUUUCUGCUCUCCUCAUUAUCCAAACUCUGAACCUCACCACUCAGAGAGAGAUAGAGAGAGAGUGAGAGCUUUUACUCUUCUUAUCUUCUUCAUAAUUAUUAGCUUAAUUAUGGUUUUCUACUUGCAUGGUUAAUUGGUGCAGCUCAGUUUAAUUAUCUCCUAUUCAUUUCUGCUUCCUUCUGCAUUAAAAAAAACUCAAUUUUCUCUUGAAAAACUUAAUUCCACAUACUUGAUAUCUACUUAGGUGGGUAAUUAAGGAUAUUCGAGUUUAAGCUCAUUCAUUCAAGCAAAGCUGAAAAUGGCACCCAGAAACAGUCGUGGAAAGGGCAAGGGAGAGAAGAAGAAGAAAGAAGAGAAGGUUCUUCCUGUUGUCAUGGACAUCACCGUGAACCUUCCUGAUGAAAGCAGUGUUGUUUUAAAGCAGGGAAUUUCAACGGAUAGGAUUAUCGAUGUUCGUCAGCUAUUAUCAGUGAACAUAGAAACUUGCAAUAUCACAAAUUUUUCGCUUACCCAUGAGGUACGAGGGCAGCGAUUAAAGGAUACGGUGGACGUCUCCGCACUAAAACCAUGCGUCCUGACGUUGGUCGAAGAGGACUACGAUGAACAGCGCGCGACGGCGCACGUCAGACGCUUGCUGGACAUCGUGGCCUGCACGACGAGCUUCGGGGCAUCGCCUUCGCCGACGAAAGACCAAGGUCUUAAGCUCGAUGCCUCUUCUACAGGCUCUGGUAAAAAUGCUCCGGGUGCGCAGGAUAAGAGCGCCAAGAAAUCCAUCACCACCAACACCUCCAAGUCUCAAGUUUCCACAGGAGCCGAUAAGCGAGACGUGGCGGUGGACUCGGAGACCGAGAUGAGCCACUCUUGCCUUAAGCUUGGUUCUUUCUACGACUUCUUCUCUCUCUCCCACCUUACUCCUCCUCUGCAAUUUAUUAGAAGGGGGACGAAACGACAAGUCGAUGAGAUUUUUCCCCAGGAUCACCUCUUUUCCCUUGAAGUGAAGCUUUGCAAUGGGAAGGUGGUUCAUGUUGAAGCUUGCCGAAAGGGAUUCUAUAGCGUAGGGAAGCAGCGGAUUCUGUGUCACAACCUGGUCGAUUUGUUACGGCAGCUUAGUAGAGCCUUUGACAAUGCUUAUGAUGAGCUCUUGAAAGCAUUUUCGGAACGUAAUAAGUUCGGGAAUCUCCCUUACGGCUUUCGAGCAAACACAUGGCUGGUACCACCCGUUUCAGCACAGACACCCUCAGUUUUCCCUGCUCUACCUGUUGAGGAUGAAACUUGGGGUGGAAAUGGAGGUGGUCUAGGAAGAGAUGGAAAAUUUGAUCUGAUACCUUGGGCUAACGAGUUUUGGUAUAUUGCAUCUAUGCCUUGCAAGACAGCCGAGGAGAGGCAGAUUCGAGAUAGGAAGGCAUUUCUCCUUCACAGCCUAUUUGUCGAUGUCUCCAUUUUUAGAGCCAUUAAGGCUGUGCAGCAUGUAAUUGGAAAACCGGAAUUGACUGGUUCAGUUCCAAACAGUGGAAUUCUUUACACCGAGAGAGUAGGGGACUUGAACGUGACAGUUACAAAAGAUGUUUCUAAUGCAAGCUGUAAGGUAGAUACUAAAAUUGAUGGAAUUCAAGCAACUGGAGUGGAUAAGAAGAAUCUAGCACAACGAAACCUUCUAAAAGGGAUCACUGCUGAUGAAAACACUGCUGCCCAUGAUGUCAACACUCUAGGUGUUGUCAAUGUCAGAUAUUGUGGUUACAUUGCAGUUGUCAAGGUUGAGGGAAAGGAAACUAAGAAAGUCAGUUCUCCAUCUCAAGGCAUUGAACUCCUUGAUCAACCUGAGGGUGGCGCCAAUGCCCUUAAUAUCAACAGUUUGAGAUUACUACUUCACAAGACAACACCUUCAGACCAAAAUAAACCGGCAUCGCAUAUGCAAAUACUGGAGCAUGAAGAGCUUUCUGCUUCCUGCGUUUUUGUUGAGAGACUCUUAGAAGAAAGUUUUGCUGAGCUAGAGAAAGAGGAGCUAGAUUCUGAUAGUUUUGUGAGAUGGGAACUUGGAGCUUGCUGGAUUCAACACUUGCAAGACCAAAAAAAUGCGGAUAAAGACAAGAAACCAUCAUCUGAGAAGGCUAAGAACGAGAUGAAGGUUGAGGGACUUGGGACACCUCUUAAAUCCCUUAAAAACAGCAAGAAAAAAUCAGAUGGAGGCAAUAUCAAACUGCAAUCUGAGAGCUCAAAGUCUCCUGCAGAUGGUGCUGUUGGGGAAGCUGACAACGCUACAUCCCCUUCUGUAGAGUCAAAAUUUGAAACUAAUGCCAAAGAAAAUGAGCUUGUGCUGACAGAGAUAUUGUCUGAAGCUGCCUUUGCUCGACUAAAAGAAUCUGAAACUGGACUUCACUGCAAGUCUCUGCAAGAACUGAUCGACUUGUCUCAGAAGUACUACUCUGAAGUUGCUCUUCCAAAACUGGUAGCAGAUUUUGGUUCAUUGGAACUUUCACCAGUUGAUGGUCGGACUUUAACUGAUUUCAUGCAUACUAGAGGUCUUCGGAUGCGUUCUCUGGGGCACGUUGUCAAGCUUUCAGAGAAGCUAUCCCAUGUGCAGUCCCUUUGCAUUCAUGAGAUGAUAGUGCGAGCGUUUAAGCACAUACUUCAGGCAGUGAUUUCCGCCGUUGAUAGCACUGAGAAAAUGGCUGUGUCGAUUGCUGCUGCCUUGAAUCUUAUGCUGGGGGUUUCGGAAAAUGAAGAAUUAAAUAAGUCAUGCAAUGUUCAUCCCCUUGUGUGGAGGUGGCUGGAGGUAUUCUUGCGAAAGAGAUAUAGAUGGGAUCUUAGCAGCUUCAACUACGGCGAUGUGAGGAGAUUUGCGAUUCUCCGUGGAUUAUGUCAUAAGGUGGGUAUUGAGAUGGUUCCAAGGGAUUUUGAUAUGGAUUCUCCAAAUCCGUUCCGAAGUUCAGAUAUUGUCAGUCUAGUCCCAGUGCAUAAGCAAGCGGCUUGCUCUUCGGCAGAUGGUAGGCAACUCCUUGAAUCAUCAAAAACAGCUUUAGAUAAGGGGAAACUUGAGGAUGCAGUUGCAUAUGGCACUAAGGCACUUGCAAAGCUGGUAGCAGUUUGUGGUCCAUACCAUCGAAUGACAGCAGGAGCUUAUAGCCUCCUUGCUGUAGUUUUAUAUCACACUGGAGACUUUAAUCAGGCUACAAUUUAUCAGCAAAAGGCUCUUGAUAUCAAUGAGAGAGAAUUAGGGCUUGACCAUCCAGACACCAUGAAGAGUUAUGGGGAUCUUGCUGUGUUCUAUUACAGACUUCAACAUACAGAGCUGGCUCUCAAGUAUGUAAAGCGUGCUCUGUAUCUUUUGCAUCUCACGUGCGGACCAUCUCAUCCAAACACUGCUGCAACAUACAUCAAUGUGGCUAUGAUGGAGGAAGGCCUGGGAAAUGUACAUGUUGCCCUCAGAUAUCUACACAAAGCUUUGAAGUGUAACCAAAGGUUACUCGGCCCAGACCAUAUUCAGACAGCUGCAAGUUACCAUGCUAUUGCAAUCGCACUCUCAUUGAUGGAAGCAUAUCCUCUAAGUGUUCAGCAUGAGCAGACAACUUUACAAAUUCUGCGAGCAAAGCUUGGCCCAGAUGACUUACGUACACAAGAUGCUGCUGCUUGGCUUGAGUACUUUGAGUCCAAGGCUUUUGAACAGCAAGAAGCUGCAAGAAAUGGGACUCGAAAGCCUGAUGCAUCUAUAGCCAGCAAAGGCCACCUAAGCGUAUCAGAUUUGCUUGACUACAUUAAUCCAGUUCAUGAUGCCAAAGGGAGAGAUAUGGCGGUAAAGAGGAAAAGCUACAUAACGAAGUUGAAGGAAAAAUCCUACCAAACUAUCAGCUUAGAAAGUUCUGAUGACUCUUCAAAAGAAACCACUAAAGAGGGUUCAGAUGAAGAGACACAUAUACUUGAACCAAGAGAUAAAACAGAUGCCAUCCAGGAGAACAUCCCUGCUCCGGUUGAACCCCAGCAUGUCGUGGAAGAGAUUGCAGGACAAAAUCAAACUGUUUUUGAUCAGAUAUCUUCUGAAACACAUGUUGAAGGUGAAGAUGGCUGGCAAUCAGUUCAAAGGCCUAGAUCAGUUGGCUCCUAUGGGAGGCGUCUAAAACAACGGCGAGCAACUAUUGGGAAGGUCUAUAGUUACCAGAAGAAAUAUGUAGAAAGUGACACGGACUAUUCUUCAGCAAAAAAUACUAAUCAAAACAGUAGGUAUUACCUUGUGAAGAAAAGGCCAACAUCUCAUGGAAGUUACGCAGAAAACACUGCAAGUUCCUCUCAAGGUACUAAGUUUGGACGGAGAACAGUUAAAGCUGUAACAUACAGAGUAAAGUCUGUGCCUUCGUCUGCCAAAGUAGUUACAGCAGAGCCCUCUAGGAAUGACGGCAAAAGUUUCAGUUCUCCAUCAGAGCUCAGUCUAAACAUUUCGCCACGUGGCACUGCUCCAGUGAAAAAUUCUAUAGUCAGUCUCGGAAAAUCUCCUUCAUACAAGGAAGUAGCACUGGCUCCACCAGGUACUAUUGCGAAAAUGCAAACUGAGUUGCCCCAUAGCAACGUUCCAGAUAACCAGGAACAUGGUGUUCAAAUACAUGAAGAAGAAACAACUGAUGUCAAAGGAGAUUCCAAACCAAACAUAACUGAGUUAGAAAAUAUACUCGAAGAAAAGAAGGAUUCCGUAUUGGUUACAACAGACCACUUACAAGAGGAAACUGGAGCUGCUGAGAAGAAAGGAGAAAUUAAUUCAACGGAUGCAAAGGAUGAUAUCUCUUCACUGAGGGUGGUUGAGUGUUUGGAUGGACAAGGAUCCAGUGGGGUUAAGAUUCAUGAAGUGGUAGAGGAUAAAUUACUAAAAGAUGGAGUGCCAAAAUCUAUGGGUACUCCCACGAAGGGAAUCUGUGAGAAGGAUCCAUCUGGCACUUGUGAACUGCAUGACUCCUUCUCCACUUUGCAAGGUGUAGAGGAUGCUGCAAAUUCAGUUGACACUCGAGGGCAGCCGAGUAAGAAGUUGUCUGCAUCGGCUGCUCCAUUCAAUCCCUCACCAUCCGUGGCACGUGCUGCUCCGGUUCCCAUGAGCAUCGCAAUACCUUCUGGUGCGGGUCCUGUCCCAACUAUUGCUCCUUGGCCAGUAAACAUGAAUCUUCAUCCAGGGCCUGCUACUGUCUUAUCUACACCAAUGUGCUCCUCCCCUCAUCACCCAUACCAUUCUCCUCCUGCCACCCCGAACAUCAUACAGCCAUUGCCUUUUAUGUACCCUCCUUACAGUCAACCCCAAGUAAUCCGAACCGGUGCCUUUCCUGUUACCAGCAGUGGGUUUCAUCCAAAUCAUUUCGCAUGGCAGUGUAACGUGAACCCUAACAUACCCGAGUUUGUUCAUAGUACAGUUUGGCCUGGCUGCCAUCCAAUGGAUUUCUCUGCCCCAACACCUGUUGUUGAGCCGAUUUCUGAUCCCCCAUUGGAGUCAAACUUUCACAGUGAUGAUUCUGGUCCUGUUCUGCCAGUGGACAUUGAUAAUGUGGGGGAAACUAAGAAAGAAACCAAUCUUCUGACAUCAGAGCCAAUGAGUAAUGCAAUUGAGAGUGUAAAGGAAAACGGUCCAAACCUUUGUGGGGUUGAAGAUGCUCAGAAUGAACCAAGUGACAGCCCAAACAGAAAAGCUGGAAGCAGCAGUGAACGGACAAACGAGGGAGAGAAAACCUUCAGCAUUUUGAUAAGGGGAAGAAGAAACCGAAAGCAGACUCUGAGAAUGCCAAUAAGUUUGCUCAGUCGACCAUAUGGCUCACAGUCUUUCAAAGUCAUAAAUAACAGAGUAGUCAGAGCGAGUGAUGCUGCCAAAGCCACCAGCUUUCCAUCAAAUGAGAAUUGCACGACAACUGCUACUUAACACCCCCAAUUUGCUUUUGUUACCCAUCAGGUGCAGCAAGAUUUUUGAGCAAAAAAAGUGGGAACAAAAUCUUAUUUUGCGUUAUAUCCAGAAGGGACAAGAAUCAAUUGAUCUCUUGUAGUCAGUUUCUACUUACACAUGCUUCUCAAAAAUGAAUUCAGGUUUUACAGUAGGCAGCUUAAUUUUGGAACUUCUGCGGGACUAAUUUAUGGGAUGACAAUUUUGGUUCAUCACAUAUAAGAAAUUUUGUUAUUUUAAAUUUUCAGACCACAGCAUUCAAAACUUAUAUCACUUCUUUUGGUUACAAUAAAUGGGAUUUUCAUUUUUGAUUUGGAUCUGUUGUAUAUGACUUAAUUAUUU